CAUUAUUUUUUAAACAUGUUUUCACAUAUUUUCAAAAUUUAUUUAAUUGUGAUUCUGGUGUUGUUUGCUGGUAAUACCUGUGCCGCCGAUGCCGGUGCUAAUAUGGAUGGCAAUAGUGUUGGUGAUAAUUGCCGUCCAUCUAAUUCACCCGAUAGUGUCUAUUGUCAAAAAUCAACUGUCAAACAGGUGUCGACAAAUAUCUAUGACUUUAUUGCCAGUUAUGACUAUUUUGAAAAACAAUUACCAAAAUAUCUGAUAUCAAAUGAAUUCAUGGAUGAAAUCAAUGAAUUGUCACAACAUUUAUCACCGAAAUGUCUUUCAUCUGUUCACACUAUUGUCGCGGCUCUCAAACACCGGGAAAAAUGGGCUCUAAAUUUUAUUGAAUCUAUGGGUUCAAUAAGCAAUGGUAUUGCACAAGAAGUGUUGACCAGUUUUGGUGAUUAUGACAAAUGUCGAUACAUUGACAAACACAGAGACAAUAAUGAUAAUCAAAGCAUUGGUGGCACUUAUUAUAUGUUAAAAGUUGAUAUACCGUUAUAUUCAACAGUAAAAAACUAUGAAAAUUUGCCCGAAAUGGCCAUAAAUCAGACACUAAUUGCUGACCACAGAGUUAUUGAUAAUCUCGAAAUUGUGGCCAAAAUUAAUACACGAAUUAACAGACAAGAGACUGAUAGUGUCUUCCGAUUGGGUGUCUGUUUGCCAUCAGAUUGUAGUCUCAAUGAUGUCCAGACAAUGAUUGAUAAAAUUUUAUUGUUAAAAAUCAACACUAAUGUUGACUUUCAAAGUGAUUAUAAAUUGCAACAAAAAAUGACUGAAUUUGAUGGCUUUCAACUCUUUUCAAUUAUAUGUCUUACAGUUUUGUCAAUUUUAGUGAUUUUGGGCACAUUUUUUGAGCUAAAAUCUGAUCAAACAUUGGGUACUAAUGAGACACUAUUGAAGUCUUUUUCGGUGAUAUCCAACACAAAACAGUUGUUCACAAGUCAUCAAAAAUUUGUGUCAAUUAAUUCGCUAAGACUUUUGAUGACAAUUAUUGUUUAUUUGGCACACAAUUACAUAUUUACGGCUACUAUCGGUGUCCAUACUAUUCACGGCUAUAUGUCUUGUAUACCGAAAAUAUUCAUUGAAGGCAACAAACAUUUCUUUAUCAGAAGUAAUCAAGUGAUCGAUGCUUUCUUUACAUUGAGCGGUUUUAUGCUAUCAUAUGUCUUGUUUGCCAAACUGGAAAAGUCGUCGGGAAAAUUCAAUUUCAUUGCCUAUUCAGUGGAACGGUAUAUACGCUUCUCUAUACAAAUGCUCGGUUCGCUACUAUUUAUUUAUGUGUGUCCACUGUUUAUACCGUCGGCGCCGCUGAUGGCCGAAGGUCUCAAUUGGCUGCUAUUCAGCUGUAAAAGUAGUCAAUUAAGUCAUAGUUUUAUGUUUGUCAGCAAUUUUGAUGAUGUGAUUACUGAAAACUCGUCACUCAAUAUAUGCAACGUCCAGACAUGGUUUUUGUCGGCCUCAUUACAGUUGCAUAUAACGGCACCGAUACUAAUAAUACUAUACUACAAGAAACCACAACUAGUAAACCAUAUAACUGUUUGUGCUCUAGCAUUGGCCACUGUAGUCAAUAUCGGUCCCUAUUUGAUGACUGAUUUGAAGCCUUACUUUCCGAUCACUACAGAUACGCCAGUGGAGAGUCAGUUGGCAAUUGUUAAAUGGCUACACUUUACCACUAAUGGCUAUUUGACGCCAUUUAUUAUUGGCAUCUAUUUUGGUUAUCUGUUACGAAAACAGACAGCUUUUAGGCCAAAGCUAAACAAAUUUCUAUGGUUUACAAGUUUGUCAUUCAUAGCGACUGUCAAUACUGUCAAAUGUUUGUAUUUUUUUCCCAACGAAAGUCCAUCGCAACCAUUGAUACUGUUAUGGUUUGCCGUCAGAAAAGUCAUGUCCGGUGUUGGCUUCGGAUGGUUAUACUUUGCCCUGUGCUCUGACACUAAAAGUAUUGUCUCAAAAGUAUUGUCAUGGAAAGGGUUUACACCACUGGCCAACCUAUCGUUUGGUAUAUAUUUAUUGCAUUUAAUAUUUGUUGUCAAUCGGGUAUUUUCCGUGAAAGAUACUAUUAAAAUGACCGACAAUUUAAUGCUAAAAAAUUUCUCAAUUGAUUUACUUAUGGUAACUGCGAUGUCAUAUAUUUUUUACUUAUUAUACGAGUGUCCCAUCAAUAAUAUUAUUACCAAUGAAACAGUAUCGACAAAUAAACCAAAAUCUAUAUAA